AAAUCAUCUAUAGCUGGGUGUUUAAUGAAUUUCCAUCUUUUGUGGCAGAAGAUAGCAGACGCUUCAUCUCUCAGGAGACAGGAAAUCUCUACAUCUCCAAGGUGCAAACAUCUGAUGUUGGCAGCUAUAUAUGCCUGGUAAAAAACACAGUGACAAAUGCCAGAGUUUUGAGUCCUCCUACACCUCUGACACUGAGAAACGAUGGUGUGAUGGGGGAAUAUGAACCAAAAAUUGAAGUCCAUUUUCCUUACAUAGUUACAGCUGCAAGGGGAACUACUGUUAAGAUGGAGUGUUUUGCACUUGGCAACCCUGUUCCAACAAUCUCUUGGAGGAAAGUUAAUGGUCAUAAUCCAAGUAAAGCCCGCCUGAGAAAAUCACAAGCUGUGCUUGAAAUACCUAACGUGCAGCUAGAGGAUGCAGGAAUGUACGAAUGUAAAGCUGAAAACUCUCGUGGAAGAAAUGUCUUCAGAGGACAACUACAAGUGUACACCUACCCACAUUGGGUCGAGAAGCUUAAUGAUAGUCAAUUAGACAGUGGAGAUCAGCUCCGAUGGGAAUGUAAAGCCACUGGAAAGCCAAGGCCCACAUAUCGUUGGCUGAAAAAUGGAGUUCCUCUCUGGCCACAGAGCAGGAUUGAGAUGGUUAAUGGUGUUCUGAUGAUCCACAGUGUGAAUCUCUCAGAUGCUGGAAUGUAUCAGUGCUUAGCAGAAAAUAAGUACGGCACCAUUUAUGCCAGUGCCGAGCUGAAGAUUUUAGCUUCAGCUCCCACUUUCCCACUAAAUCAAAUGAGGAAAGCAAUAAUUAUUACCAAGGGCCAAGAAGUUGUCAUUGAGUGCAAGCCACAAGCCUCUCCAAAGCCAACUAUCACUUGGAAGAAAGGAGACAAAGUGUUAAAGGAGAAUAAGAGAAUAACUAUUCUUCCACAUGGGAGCCUGCGAAUCCUGAAUGCUUCCAAGUCUGAUGAAGGACGGUACUUAUGCCAAGGUGUAAAUGUAUUUGGAUCUGCAGAAAUCAUUGCAACCGUAUCUGUUAAAGAACCUACAAGAAUAGAACUGACUCCCAAGAAGAUAGAGUUAACGGUUGGAGAAAGCAUUGUCCUCAGUUGCAAAGCCCUUCAUGACAGCACACUAGAUGUCACUUUCUAUUGGACACUCAACGGGCAGCCAAUUGACUUUGAAAAAGAAGGUGGACACUUUGAGAGCAUCAAGGCACAAGCAUCCUCUGCGGAUUUAAUGAUCAGGAACAUCCUCCUGAUGCACGCCGGGAGAUAUGGCUGCAGGGUUCAGACCGCAGCGGACACCGUGUCGGAUGAGACGGAGCUGCUUGUUAGGGGUCCUCCUGGUCCCCCAGGGGUUGUAAUAGUGGAGGAAAUUACAGACACCACAGCAACACUCUCCUGGAGUCCUGGGGCAGAUAAUCACAGCCCUAUCUCCCUCUACAACCUGCAAGCACGCAGUCCAUUUUCUCUUGGCUGGCAGACCGUAAAAACAGUUCCAGAUGUGAUAAGUGGUGACAUGGAGUCUGCUAUGGCUGUUGACCUGAACCCGUGGGUGGAGUAUGAGUUCAGAGUUGUAGCAACCAACAAAAUUGGGACUGGAGACCCAAGUGCACCAUCGCGAGUGAUCAGAACUAAUGAAGCAGUUCCAAAGACACCUCCAGCUAAUGUAAGUGGCAGAAGUGGAAGGCGACAUGAAUUAGUAAUAGCAUGGGAGCCGGUGUCAGAAGAGUUUCAGAAUGGAGAAGGAUUUGGAUAUAUUGUAGCCUUCAGACCCAAUGGAACACGUGGCUGGAAGGAAAAAAUGGUCACAUCUUCAGAUGCCUCAAAAUUCAUCUACAGAGAUGAAAGUGUGCCACCUCUGACCCCUUUUGAGGUGAAAGUUGGGGUUUACAACAACAAAGGAGAUGGUCCCUUCAGUCCGAUUGUGGUCAUCUGCUCAGCUGAAGGAG